CUAAUUGUUAACUGAUUUUCCUGUCGCAUUGUUGUUUCCAUCUGCCAGCUGACAGCUAAUUUGGUGCCCGGACAAAGACUGUGGACCGGCAAAGAGAACGAGUAAUUCAAGCUGCGGGUCUGAGAAUUUCAUCAGCUGUUUCGAACGGACAACAGCAGCAACUGCGGCAGCAAAAUCAUUGUUGACUUGCGCCUAAUAAAAAUGCAAUUUUUAUGGUUAAGAAAAUAGAGCGUGGCCCAUUGCAUUGGAUGUUGGAUGUUGAACAGAACCCGAAUAAAAGCUCUGGAAAAUAUGCCAGCGGCGACAGCAGAAACGACCGAUUGUGAUGUAAUGAGAGCGAAGCAAAAGUGAAGCGGCUCGCCAAUUGCAAUUGCACAAAGAUUAUACAAUUUGUGAGCUUGCAGCGAACUAGGACAACAGCAACAGCAGCAGACAGACUCUGCAAGCUGAUAAAUACCGGCUGGCAACAGCUAGCAACAAUGCGGUCUGCAACAGCAGCGGCAAAAACAAUAACAACAGCAACGACCGCAGCAGCAGCAGAAUAGGCAGCAUAAAUUCAAAGUCGCUUCGGUAUUAAUUGAGCGGGAGCGUGGGAACUACAAAUCACAGCUGCAGCAGCAAUCAGCAACCAGCAAGCAGCAACAACAACGAGAACGGCGACAACAAAUUGCCGCUCAGCACGCUCACAGCUCUCAAUGUGCUCCGAGCACAGCAGCAACAGUUGCUGGCGCUCAGCUGAGAGCGUUCACUUCCCAUAUAUAUUUUGAGGCGUUGUGGUCGACGCACACGACAGUUGUGCUUGAAACGCUUCGUAGUGAAGAUCGUGCUCGAUCAACGCGCGGAAAAAGAAACAAAAAGCUUAAACAGAAAAUUACAAUUUAUAAGGCAACAACAAUUUGUUCAAACAGAAGCAAAAAGUAAACGCGAAAGAUCCAUAGAAAUUGGAAAAAUCGAAAAAGAAAUUUUUUAGAAAUUUUUGUUCAAUAUCGACGACGAGCUUCGCGCGUAAAUUAGCAAGCGUUUGCAAGAAACAAGCUACAAUAACAACAAACAAAUUGGAAAAUUAACAAGCAAAAUAAUAAGAAGAAAAAGACGAAAAAGUGUGCAACGUGUAAGCCAAGUGAAAUUUUUUGUGCUUGUGUCUCAAAAAGCCAAACAAAAAUAAUUAUGAAAUAAUAUAUAAAAUGCAAAAAGUGACUCUCAAACUGUAAAGUGAUGUGUGUGCCACAAACACAACUACAACAACAACAGCUAAAGCAACCACUAGAAAAACAGAUAGAACUGUUACUAAUAGCAGAGCAACAACAAUUGUUGGUAGCAUAAAGAAAUGGCCAUUGAUUUUCUCAUUUUGGCCCUGCUGCUCAUCUCGUUCAUCAUCAAUCUGCUGGCGCUGUGCGCAUUCUGGAUAACGCCGGGACUGCGCACCACAGCAAAUCGUUUCACCAUCAAUCUGCUGAUCAUCAAUUUGAUUGGCUGCUGCAUUUUGGCACCGACUCUGUUCUUGAGCGGCGUCAAAAGCUUCUCCGGGCCGGAGCAACAGCUGGUGGGCAGAAAUGCGGCCGGCGACAGCAUUGAGUUCUACUCGAAGCCGGGCAACCAUCAGCUAACCAUACGUCGUCAUGGCCAACUUGUGGAGCAGGACGGCAUUGUGGUGCGUCGCAAUAUCACCACCACCAACGGCAGCAGCAGCAGCAACAAUGACAGCUCCGGCGAUACCAUUGAAAUGAUUUAUAAGUGCAAUGCCACGUAUUGUCGCGAGCUGACUAUCGAUGAGCGUGGAGAUGGCGGCAUUGUCAUCACGGAGACGGAGACUCAGGAGGAUAAUCUGAGUGUGCCGGUGCACAGCAGUUUCUCGUUGCCGACGGUGCAGCUGCGUUGCUGGUCCAUUGACAUGACCGCCGCACUGGGCGCCCUGGCGGUGCUGCUGGUGGUUGGCGACACAUGGUGUGCGGUAACCGAUCCGUUGCGCUAUCAUAGUCGGAUCUCAGGCGUAAAGACAUGGAUAUUCAUCACGCUCACCUGGGCUGUGGGCAUACUGUUUGGUGCGCUGUCCGCAUUUCGUGUGCUCGACUUCGAGGCGGACACGUUGCUCAGCAGGCAGCGGCGCUUGGCUGCUACCUACUUCAACAUCAGCAGCACAAACAGCAUUUUCGGAGUGGUCUAUGCCUGCGUGUACUUCAUAGUGAUCAUUCUGUUGCCGUUUGGAUUUGUCUGCGGCAUGUAUUGGCGCAUCUUCAGCGAGGCGCGUGGCAAUGGGCUGCGCAUGCGCCAGAAUGGCUCCUCGCCGCUGCUGCAGAGCGCUCUCAAUCUGACCAAUCAUGCCCAGGCCACGCCCGCCACGCCCUACACGAACAGCCUGUGUGUGCACAGACAUUCCAUAUCAUCGGCCAGCUCCCACGGCGGCGGCGCCAUUGUUGCUGGUGGCCUACAAAUGCAGAUCGACCAACGUGCACCACGUAGCUCGCCGAGCUGUUUGCGUCGUGAUUCGGCUGCCAAGGUGCUGCUGCCCACCAUCUCGGACGAUGGCUCCGAUGUGGAUGUGGAGAGCAGCCAUGGUAUGCCGUUGAUGAGCGUGCCCGAGCAGUCCUUAGCGUUAUCGGAUCGCAAUCAGAACAUUUUGCUGACUCUACAAACGGCUAGCGGGGAGAUCAAGCGCAACUAUUCAGCCAGGCAGCUGCCCUUGUUGGGCACGUCGUCGCAGGAUUUGCGCGAGCUGCACCGUGUGCAUGGUAUACGUCAGGUGCACAGCUCGCCGAAUCUGCACAAGUACACGGAGUUGCAACAGGAUUUGGUGGGCGAGGAGUGUAGCUCGCCGCAUUUGCUGCACGCCCAUCGCCAGCAGGAGCAGCCGCAGAUGCUGCAACAGCAGCAGCAACAAUUGCCGCCACAGCAGCAGCAGCUGCACACACACUUCAGUACUGCUCGCCAACAGGCGGCAGCAGGACAUGCACUUCAAAUUCCCGCUAUACACGCCUCGCCAAAGGCUCUCAGCUACAUGAGCUCGCUGCGUCAUCGCCUCAGCAAUGCCAGCUCCCUGUUCAAGUACCGUGAGGAGUCCCGCGCUGCACGCAUCAGCAUCCUGGUCGUGGUCAUGUUUGUGGUCUCCUACUUGCCCUUUGGCUUGUUGGUGCUACUACAGUCGCGCCUGUCCGCUGCGAACUUCAGUGGCUCCACACAGCUGGCCAUCUUCAUGAUCCUGCUGGCCAAUCUCAGCUCCCCCUUCAUCUUCGCCUAUCGCAACAAGCGCGUGCGCCGUGGCGUCAAGCGACUGUUCGGCCUGGACUCGGCCAGUGCACUGCAGCGUCACCCCAGCAGCAGCAUGAAGACCAAUGGCAACAGUGCGGCUGCCUCCAGUGCACCACAGUUGCAGCGCAACAGCAGCAAAUUGUCGCAGUACAGCAGCAACAGCUGCAGAUAUCUAACGCCACAGAGCUCGUUAGUCAGUCAGUGCCAGACGGCAACGCCUGUGCAUACAACACUGACACUUCGUCCGAAUAGCAGCUGCAGCACCAUCAUCAAUUUCGGUGGGCACAAAAAGGGUUCUGCGGACUCGGACGAGGUGCCCUCGCUGGAGGCAACACCACUGCGCCAGGCUCGGCCCAAGCUGCAGCGUGGCAUUACGAUCGUGGAGCAUAUACAUAUAGCAGCCUCGCCCACCAAGUUUCAGUCGAGGCGUGGCCUGCUGGAUAUGUUCUUCCGUGGAUCUAAGAAGCUGCAGACAGACUGUACACAGUCGAUGCCAACGGAGGUCUAGAUAGCCUAAUUCUAAGUAACUACUAAAUAUUGAUUUGCUUGCUGAAGAAUUCGCAGAACAGUAUUCGUAACUUGUAAGUUUAGCAGAACUAAGCCAAAAAAAAACAAAGAAACAAAAAUAACAAACUACAAAUCUUAAGUUAAUGCUGUGCUAGAAGCUUCUCAUGCCAAAAGAAAAAACCACAAAACAAAACAGAAAAUAACUAUUUAAUUUUACACAAAUUUAACAUAUGCAUGUGCUUGUCAAACUGUAAAAGGCACGGGCCGAAAUCUAUACGUACCUUGUAAAAAAACAUUUAUCCAGCUAGAUAAAAACUAAAAAUACAAAGAUAACAACAAUUGUGAAAAAGUCGCAAA